AUGUUGUCGUCGAUACAUGCUUUCUCCGUGGAGCUGCGCCUGGCUUCCGAAUCAGUGCUAUCAAAAGUGAAGUAUGUUGUAUAUAAAGAUAAAAAUAGGUUACUUUUUGUUGUUUUGCUCCCAACGAUGUCGCGGCUGGUGCGUGAGAAAUUCACGAUGCAAAUAGGAACUGGCCGCACGGGAAAAGAAAGCGCGCGCGCAAGGAGAGACUGAGAGGAAACUACCUCUUCCCUCGUCGGUGUCCCUCUCUCGCGCGCGUUUUAUCUCGUGCCCCGUAUUUCUUAUGCGCUUGCCACGCACGCUUCGAUAGACGAACGCUCUCGUGUAAACAAAAAAUACACUUUUGCAACUAACCCGACUUCGAACACUUUCUUCCCUUAAAGAGUUCAGGUCGCAAUACAAAAACAAAUUUCCGCGAGGAAACUCGCGGAUACGGAGAAUAGCCUAGACUGAGAGCACAUGAUGGGCUCCUGCCUUGACCAAAGUAGGCGUGGUCUCGAUGAAACUAUUGCUGACUUAAAUGUCAACGGUUCUCUGUCUGUUACUUUGAUGCAAAUCCUACUAACCUGUCUAAAUGUUUGGAGUAAAAGUUGCUUGUUUGAUUUUGAAUUUAUGGUAGGACUUUAUAUGACGGCAGCGAGGAAGAACUGAACGGUACUGCACGAUCAAGCAACAGUUCCGACAGCAAACAGGAAUGUCCGAGUGCUAUUCCGGAUUGGAAGAGCUCACACGCGGUAUGUGUUGCGCAAACUGGGGAGAAUGUUGGAGAGGGGCGGAUAUUGGUUGUUUUUAAAUCAAAAUCCUAUUCCUAACUGGGUACUUACUGAGAACAGGAAAUAGAACCCAGGACUUCCUAGUCUCCUUCACAGCAGACAGUACUAACUUUGACUCUGCUGAUUCAGUGUUUUUACUCUUGUAGGAGAUAGCAGGAAUAUUUCGUAAUUUGCGCAAAGUUGAGCUUCGCCUUCGCAGUGAGUAUUUAGUGCUUCUACUGUCAUCUUGUGCAGAAAUUUCACCCUCUUAGUAAUUACCCCAAAUCCUAAGUCCAAAGAUACGUGUUCGUUGCCGAAACGUCGGACUAUUUAUUAGCGGGUUUGAAUAUGCUAAGAUAUCUCACUGAUGUCACCGUCGUAGAAAGUAGUAAGUGUAAAUGAUGGUAAUUCCCAACUUCAGAAACUCUAGGGAGAAUAAGCACAUGCUUUGGAUGCAGUGAUUUCUGGGAUUGUUUAGGUGGACAAACGUUAGUUAUGAUUGGUCGAUGGUAUUGAAGGCAACCGUUAACCAAUCAUAAGUAACGAUUGUCCACCCAUACGAUCCCAGAAAUCGUUGCGCCGAAAGCUUGUACUCAUUCUCUUUAUAGUUUCUGGGGUGAGGAAUUUACCUGAACACGGUUUGGCUGAUACAGAGUGCAAUAUGUAACCUGGACAAUCAGUAACGUAUAACUCGGCCGUAAAAGAGUCAUUCAGUGUUCAUCCAAACAGGAAAAUUUUGUCGUAAACUCGCGAGAUUCUCGCGCAGGGAGAAUUGCCGCGUACUCUGCGAGUGGGUUUCCGUGUAGAGAGCGAAUAACGUGACCGCAAGUGUUUCAACGCGAAAUCCGAACAAGGGAGCUGACUAUCUGAAAAGUCCGCAGUCUUGCUUAAAAUUACUUCAAAAAGUCUCAGUUUAUAAAGAGAUCGCAUGAGAUAUGUUUUUCUCACCCUCUGAGUGACACUGAUUUGUUUUUAUUACAGCGAUGGAGCAAGCUUUGUCUAUUAUGUGUGUAGCUGCACAGAAAGAACCUAAAAAGGUAAAAUACUUACUCCCUCCCCCGUCCUUGCAUUUACUUCCUUCUCCAACCAAUACCAGGAAGUCCCCUUACCGCGCCAACCAACCGCCACCCCUCCCUCUCCCCCAUCGCGUGUCCCAAAGUGUUCAUGGCAUAGUCAUCGUAACAGAAAUGUUGAACCCUUCAGACUCUUGCCGUCCGUCUACUUCGGCGGAUCUGCCAUUUCAAGUUGUGUGCGGUGGUGAGACCUCUACGGUUUAGAAUUUAACAUAUUAAUGUCAGAAUUUCAGUGCUUUUUGAUAAAGGCUACAACGAGUUCCUCCUAAAUUUUAACCAUAAGCCGCUUGUGAUAUAAAUUGUAUGGCUCAUUUAGAUGCUCUGCCGCGCAGUUUAAUUAAAUCUUGUUCUUCGAAUGUUAACCCACUCUACUUUGUUCUUUGCCACAGUCUUUUCAGGAGAGGAAAAUAUCAAUGAUAGAAACCUCCAGCCUUGGUAAGUAAUCCUGCCACUUCCUGAGAAAACAGCCUACAUUUCGCGACGCCAGCAUCGGUUCCCAGCGAAAUGACGUCAGAGAAACGAGCGCAGAAAUUCCAUACUGACGUCGCGUCGCUGCCCAGAUCUGGGUAGUGCUUCUGAUUGGUUGAAGCAAAUUUUUAGCCAAUCAGACGCACUGCCACUGUCGCGUCAUCAGUAUGGAAUUUCUGCGCAAGUUUCUCAGACUUCAUUUCGCGUGGAAGCCAGUACAGGCUAUAAGAAUCGCUACCAACGCUUAAAAAAAUCCAGAGACCUAAAUAAUUGCAGCGACCAUAGAGAUUAUCACCGAUAGCUGUGAUAACGAUCGCUCGCAGUUGUUUUAUUGUAAACGCUGCCAUCAGUGAAGUCCGUUUUUUGCAAUCCCUAGCGACCAUAUAGAGCUAAAGUUUAUCUCAACAAUCGUUAUCUCAAUGGCAGACUUUGCGAUCGUUGAUGUUUUCUUUCUGUAGUAACCAUUUUCAGCGAUAACGAUCAUAGGGAAACCUGACUUUAUGCUACUCUCUCUUUCAGGCUUGGGUCAAAAAUGGAGAGAGUUUAAAAUCAAAGCUCGGCGGAAUUCGUGGGCAGUAGAACACCGAAACCAGUUUCCAGUCCCACCCGCCGAAUCUGAUGAAGAAGACGAGGACACUUCAUGA